AUGCGGCAACACGACGAGAAUGGCUUGCGGCUCGCACGCUUUUUGACCGAGCAGGCGCAGGUGGUGCGGGUGAAUUACCCAGGGCUGGAAAGCCAUCCGCAAUACGAGCGGGCGCAGCGGCUGUUUGCCGGGGCGGGUGGGGUGUUGAGCUUUGAGUUGCACGGGGGCGUGGAGGCCGCCGAGCGGUUGCUGUCCAAGCUGGUUCUGCCGGCGUCAGCCCCCAGUCUCGGCGGGGUCGAAACCCUCAUCACUCGGCCAGUCACCACGUCGCACAGCGGCUUGAGUCGAGAGGAGCGGGCGGCCAUGGGCAUAGCCGACGGUUUGGUUCGGGUGUCGUGCGGCAUUGAGGCCGCCGAGGAUUUGUGCGCGGACUUUGCGCAGGCGCUUGGCUGGGGUGUAGGAUCGCUAGGAGUGAAUUAUGGAAGCAGCAAUACAAACCGCUCAAACUAUACUAGACGAUUUGAUGAUGUAGUAGGCGAGGACGAAAAUCACCCCCUAGCCUCAUUAAUGGAGGUCAUAGGUGUGCUGAUUGAGAAAUAUGAGGAUGAACACGUCCCUGAGCUAAUGAGCCGCGUGCUCCAGAGGGACGGCGCGGCGGCCCUCAGAGCCGUCUAG